AUGGAUAAUUUACAAGAGAUAUGCGAUUAUCUCAAGACAAUCACUAAACUGACCAAUAAUUGUCAUAAAGAGUCAAUCGAUUGGCAAACGUUUGAUGAGAUUGUGUCAGAAGUUUGCCAUUUAUGUGAUAAUGACUUAAAUUUUGCGGACAUUUACUCAACCAUUGAAUCCGAUUUGAAUGAACUGAUGGCCGAUCAGACACUCGAUGGCCGCUCAAGAGGUUUGUGGCGAUCGGCGGAUGCGAUGAUUCGGUGCAUCGUUUUGCUCAACCCAUUGAAUGCCGAAGAACUGGUCUCUAAUCAAAACUUUAUGACCAUUAGGUUAACAGUGAUUAAAGUGAUUUCAAUGACAAUUAUACCAUAUGUUAGUCAACACUUCCAGCGAAUUACGGAACUCUUUCUUACCAUUGAUGGCAACGGUUUGACACAAACUGACAGACAAUUGAUUUCACGCCAAUUUGUACUCAAUUUGACCACAAUUUUGAUUCGUCUUCUGAACGCCAAAUCAUUGAUAUCUCGUAUACUUCUUGAAGAUUGUUUCGCACCACUGAUGGCAUCAUUGAUGACUGUCCGACACGACAGCGAAUCCGAUGUCGACAAAGAAAUGAUUGGUCAACAGUUGUCAUCACUUUUGACUGAUUUUGAUCACUUGGUUGUUAUCCGUAAUCUGUUAUUACUAUCUCGUUGUCGAGCCAUUAAGUGGUCUAAUAAUGAGAUCUCUAAGUGUUUGUCGCAGUGUUUGUGCCAAAGAGCGGGACUAUUAUCACUAAUUAACGCUGUGGUCGACACCGACCAGACAUCUCAACGACAGACAACUCUUCACCAGCGAUACCAAGCGAUUGGUACGAUUGUGUCAGCGAUGCCGGCGCUCUACUGUUCCCUAAGACAGUACUAUGAGAUAAUCGGUGGACAAGUAUUAGAACUACUGCUUAGUGUCGAUCCCAAUCAUCACACAAUUGGAUCCAUUAUUCUCAUGAGUUUAGAGAAUAGGAAUCAAAAGUUAUCGCAAGAAUUAAUUACUGAUAAGAUAUUGAAUUUGUUUCUCAAGACAGAAACGGAACAGCCCAUUGACGGAUCAAUUGGUGCCGUGAAUGCCGAGGAAGGUAUUGAUAGCCAAUCGGAUAAUGAAUUAUCAGAAAUGAAACAAAACUCACUGACAAUGUGUUUGCAAAUCGUGAAGAUAUUACUUAAAGAGAAAGACAAACUCAAAAGUGAAGACACGAAUCAAUUGAAACAAUUGGUUCCUUCGCUGGACGUACUGUCGAUGAAUCAAUCAUUUGAUGAAACUCUACGAAACACAGCCAUUGAGAUGAAGAACCAAAUUGAAUUGUUUAGCAAUCAUAAGGACUUCAUCGGAAGUAAUAGUAAAUUAAACAACGAGUUUGAAUUAGCGAUGACUGAACUCAAUGAUCCUAUAAUGCCUGCGAGGGCUCACGCGCUCAUCAAAUUGAAACAAUUGAUUUAUGCCAAAGACAAACAACUGUUGGACAAUAGAUCUCAACUCAUCAACGCUUUGAAGAUGUGUCUGAACGACACCGAGUCUUACAUCUAUUUGUCGGCCGUCAACACACUGUCCACACUCGCCAUACAAUGCACUGAUGAUGUGCUGCCGGUACUGAUCCAGGAGUUCGCCGACAAUGAAUUAUCAGAAAUGAAACAAAACUCACUGACAAUGUGUUUGCAAAUCGUGAAGAUAUUACUUAAAGAGAAAGACAAACUCAAAAGUGAAGACACGAAUCAAUUGAAACAAUUGGUUCCUUCGCUGAACGUACUGUCGAUGAAUCAAGCAUUUGAUGAAACUCUACGAAACACAGCCAUUGAGAUGAAGAAUCAAAUUGAAUUGUUUAGCAAUCAUAAGGACUUCAUCGGAGGUAAUAGUAAAUUAAACAACGAGUUUGAAUUAGCGAUGACUGAACUCAAUGAUCCUAUAAUGCCUGCGAGGGCUCACGCGCUCAUCAAAUUGAAGCAAUUGAUUUAUGCCAAAGACAAACAACUGUUGGACAAUAGAUCUCAACUCAUCAACGCUUUGAAGAUGUGUCUGAACGACACCGAGUCUUACAUCUAUUUGUCGGCCGUCAACACACUGUCCACACUCGCCAUACAAUGCACUGAUGAUGUGCUGCCGGUACUGAUCCAGGAGUUCGCCGACAGCGAGCGACCCGUAGAAGAGCGCGUCAAAGUGGGCGAAGUGUUGGUCCGACUUUCCAAAUGUAUCGGCGAUUUUGGUCACCACUACUCCCGACAAUACAUCACUUGUUUUCUUAAUGGCGCCAAAUCUCCGGAACCGGCGAUACGUAUCUCCAGUUUAUCCAAUUUGGGACAGUUUUGCGGUUCUUUGCGUUUUGCACUCAAACCAUAUCUCGUGGAACUGAUGUCUUGCGUGGAAGCGCUACUCAAGACUGACCAUUCAAUUGAAGUGAAACGCUCUUCAGUAAUGUUAUUACAUCUUAUGCUUAAGGGUAUAGAUAGAGAUACCAUCGAAGCGGUGGAUCAGCUCCUGAAGGAAAUUUACCGACUUCUGCGACACGUCUACUCGACCACAAUCGAUGAUAUUCUUCAACUUCACGCACAGCUGGCAAUCAAUGAGAUCGAUAGGAUCGUCAAAGAGAUGUUUCAAAACAGAUCCACAAGUAUUACCAAAAAUAUACAAAUUCUAAGUCUUUGA